AUGCACACUUACUUAGCGAGGCAACCAGCAAUCCAAUAGAAAAAAAGAAGAGAACGGAUAUUCACGUUUUUAUCAAAACUUCUUUCUAUGUAGGGAAAACAGGAGUCGAGAUAAGUGGUAGACACAAAGUAUCCGACUGCACAGUCAUCUGUCAUCUGUUGCUGUGGUUAAUCUCUGCCUGUGUGACACUAAACCUCUGAAGUCCAACUUUGAAAAGCUGCUGCUGAGAGAUCAACACAUCCACCUGAGCAGCAGGAUGUCUGAGCUCCCUGCUUUCCCCCGAAUGUCCUUCCUGUUGCUUUGCAUUCUGGGUAUGACCUCGGUGACAUCUGGCUUCCCUCAGCCUCGAUUACCUCUCAGAAGUUCUGAUGAUUCAGCCGAACCUAAACGAGAUGAUUGGGACGUCGUCUUCCCCUCUAUCUCUCUCCGUGAUUGGAGCAUUCAAAUGAUGUCAGCCCCCAGCCUCGGAGGAGCAGCUGAUAGCAAGGCAGGACUGAUGAGGGAAGCGUGGCUGUUUGCCCCAGAAAGGGCAGAGGCGAGCAUGGAGCGGGCAUGGCCAGCCGAAUGGUCGCCUCAGGGUACCGGCAUGGUGAAGAGGAACAUGGUGGUGGCUGAUGAUGCUGCCUUCAGGGAGAAGAGUAAACUCCUCACCUCCAUGGAGAGACAGAAGUGGCUCAACUCCUACAUGCACAAACUACUAGUGGUUAAUUCAUCAUGAUACCAGAAAAAAGCCAAGUCUCUGGGGAACUGCUCAGACCUAAAGAUAUCGUAGACAUCAAAAGACAUCUGCAGUUGUAUUUAUUGCGUCAUUUCACUAUUUUACUGCAAAA